UUUACCAGUUUAAAUUUUGGCGGCAUGUGUGAGGCAUUAUGGGUGAAAGAUGGCAAACAGCGCACUCUUACGUUUCCUCUUCGUGUCUGCAGUAUUUCACAAAGGUCUAAACUCUGUGAUACAAGCACAGAGGAAUGUGGCUGCAGCUGUGGGAGAGCAGGCCUGCUUAAACUGUCUGCUGAUUCAAACCAAAGAAGUUCUUCAAGUCACCUGGCAGAAGAUUCUACCUGAAGGAGAGAGGACCGUCGCCACUGACAACCUGCACUUCGGUCAAAGAGUGGACCCUUACUUUAGUGGUAAGGUGGAGUUUCGAGAUGCUGGACUGCAGAACACCUCCAUCCUGAUCAGGGAGGUGACGGAGCAGGAUGAAGGCUACUAUCGCUGCAUGUUUAACACCUACCCUGAUGGAGCUCUCACUGCUACGAUCUGCCUGAACGUCCAUGGUAAAAUAUGCAACUUUGUCCAUAAUUAUUGUAGUUGA